CCCAACCCAUCAAAUAAAGGGUUGGAUCACAUGACCCGGCCCAAACCCAAACAAAAUAUUUCAAACUUAUCUUACGUCGCACUCCGCCGCUGCCGCCGCCACCAGCUAGGAAGGCUUUCCUCAACCCCCUACUUGCUCGGUUCAUCCCACCGUAGCAGCGCCACUCUCCGACUACUACACUGCCAUACUCCUGCCACAGCUUACAAUAGCAAAGUCCUGUUUUUUGAGAUUCAACGUCUCAGGGUUUUCAAGAAAUGAGAAGAGCAACUCAUAGCAAGAAAAACAAAUUGAAAAAAACUAAGCGUAGCACCAAAGUAUGGUUGUGAAAUGAAAAUGAUGGGCUGCCUAACUGAUCAUAUUGCCAGACAUGGUUUUCAUUGGGAGUCAUAAGCAAUUUAUUGAUAGUGUAUGCACAAUUGUGAUCAAGGGUAACUGGGGCAAUCUGUUGAAGGUGAAGAGUACCUCUGCUUUCACUUCUUCUACCAUUCACCAGGUACUGUUGCAGCUCUCACUCUAUGAUUAUGGGCUCUCUCAUUCCUUCCCAUUCUUCAAAUGGCUCGACUCCAUCCCAAAUUAUAGCCAUUCCUUGCAAUGUUCAUGGGUCAUGAUUCACAUCCUCACUGAACAUAAACAUUUCAAAACUGCACAUCAUAUGCUUGAAAAAAUUGCGAACAGGGAUUUUCUUCCAUCACCUUCAGUUUUGAGCACUUUGGUGAGGACUCAUGAAAACCCAGAAGUCAAUUCUCAAGUGUUGAGCUGGCUUGUCAUACAUUAUGCUAAGUCAAAGAUGACACAUGAUGCAAUACAAGUUUUUGAGCAGAUGAGGUUACAUAAAGUCAAACCUCAUUUGCAUGCUUGCACUGUUCUUUUGAAUUCCUUGUUAAAGGACGGGGUUACUCACAUGGUGUGGAAAAUUUACAGGAGAAUGGUUCAAGUUGGGGUUGUUCCCAAUAUGUACAUUUACAAUUGUUUAUUCCAUGCCUGUUCAAAAGCAAGAGAUGUGGAAAGGGCAGAACAGUUAUUAAAUGAGUUGGAUUUAAAGGGUAUGCUUCCUGAUAUCUUCACAUAUAAUACUUUGAUAUCAUUAUACUGCAAGAAAGGUCUGCACUAUGAGGCUUUAUCUAUCCAGAGCAGAAUGGAAAGAGAGGGGAUAAACCUAGAUAUUGUAAGUUAUAACUCUCUCAUUUAUGGAUUUUGCAAAGAAGGCAGGAUGAGAGAAGCUAUGAGGAUGUUUAGAGAAAUAAAAAAUGCAACUCCCAAUCAUGUGACAUAUACUACAUUGAUUGAUGGUUACUGUAAAACAAAUGAACUGGAGGAAUCUCUGAAAAUUCUGGGACUGAUGGAGUGUAAGGGAUUGUACCCUGGAGUUGUAACUUAUAAUUCAGUUUUGCGCAAGCUUUGUCAAGAUGGCAGGAUAAAGGACGCCAACAAACUCUUGACUGAGAUGAGUGAAAGGAAAGUUCAAGCUGACAAUAUCACUUGCAACACACUUAUUAAUGCAUACUGCAAGAUUGGAGAUAUGAAAUCUGCUUUGAAAUUUAAGAACAAGAUGUUAGAAUCUGGACUAAAACCCGAUCCAUUUACAUAUAAGGCACUGAUUCAUGGAUUCUGCAAGACAAAUGAGGUGGAAACUGCAAAGGAGGUAAUGUUCAGCAUGCUUGAUGCUGGAUUUACACUCAGUUAUUGUACAUACACUUGGAUUGUAGAUUGCUACUGUAAGAAAGACAAUAUGGAUGCAGUUUUAGCACUACCAAAUGAGUUUCUGAGUAGAGGUCUUUGUCUAGAUGUUUCAGUAUACAGGGCAUUGAUAAGAAGGUUAUGCAAGUUAGAAAGGGUUGAAUGUGCUGAAAAGUUAUUCAAUCAAAUGGAAGGAAAGGGAAUAUCAGGUGACAGUGUUAUCUAUACCAGUCUUGCAUAUGCUUAUUGGAAAGCAGGGAAUGCAAGUGCUUCCUUGGGUGUGUUAGAAGAGAUGACAAGGAGAAGGUUGAUGAUCACAGUCAAACUGUAUAGAUGCUUUAGUACUUCUGAUGCUAGGGAAAAUGAAGUGUCACUGAUCUUCUGGAAUCAUGUGGUGGAUAGGGGUUUGAUGUCGAGAAAUUCAAUGAAUAAAAUACAGCAAAUGCUGAUAUGAAGGAACCCUCACAUCUAGAAUAUUCUUCAUAGACCUGUUUGCGAGGGGCAAUGCAUUGCUUCUGUUUCACUUUUCAUUGGAAUUUGGAAAACAGAGAUUUGGGAAAAUAUGAUGCAGGCCAACCUCUUUGCAACCUUGCAUGUUAACCGUCAUAAACUAUUUGUUUUAGAAUCCAUUUAUGCAUCAUGUUCAUAACAGAUAUAACUCUAUGGACUGGGAACAAUCACUUCUGUUUUCUUCUAAAAGGUUAUAUCACAGAAGAACAUCAUUAAGUUCUUCCUCCCUGCAUUUUCAGCUUAUUAGGAGGAAGCACAUAACCUUCAUAUAUAUGGGAUUAGGCCAUCAUGAUUAAGCUGGAACUUGAGCAGGUUUACCAACAGGAGUUUCAACGAAUUAUGAAGGUUACAGGCUUGAGUAUCAUACAAUUUUGGAUCUUACAAUGCUGUGGAACGUGCUUGAUCGUCCAAAAUCAAAGAGGUGAGAGAAACACACGUUCAAAAUCAACUCAUUGCGCUUUUCAGAAUUUCAAUUUGAAAGAGUUUGCAUCAACAGUAUGCCACUUGUUCCCUCGUUCAAUGUAUCUCAGGGUGUUGCAUUAUCUACUUGAUUGUGAUGUAACAUAUCAUGAUAUAAUUGUCAACAUUUAUUUUGAAAACUUUCUUUUGAAUAUCGAUGCCUAUCAUAAUAUGCAUUUUAAAA